UAACUAUCUUGCUUGACACCACAAACCACAAUCGAACAAGAAAAAUACACAACAGAACGUACCAAAUAAGGUGUUGCACUGAAACAAUAUCGGCAUCUGUAGCAACAGACGUAUCACCUGGGGUUCUCUGAUUCGUUUUUCGAACGGAGGUCAGAUAAUUUUUCUUCUGAUCUGUUACAUUUGACGUCUCUGCWUACUAGGGUUAGUGAAGGGGAACGGGGAAAGGGGAACAAGACCAAUCGAUUAAGUUGAUCGAUUGAGAUUGCCUGUUUAAUUGAAUUCAAUCUCGUCAAAUCCAAUAAUUCCAAUCAAUCCGGUCACUCAAUAACCCGUGAUGUGAGUCAUAUCUCAUCAUACUAUCAUUCCUUGAGGGUGCAGCGAUUUCUAUUGGUGCCAUUGAUUGUUCUACCGGUAUAUGCAAUAUUUAUUCAUUCUGUUGAAUUCUCGGCACUGAUUUAUUUAUGUUUGAUUUUUUGCUCGGUUCUUCCAACGAAACAGCCACCUGAAGCGAUGGGAGAAGACGGGAAGUCAUCUUCCGUAGAUGYAGCCGAAAUGGCCGUAGCUAAUUCUGAGACGAAUGCCGACGACGAGAACGAGAAAAGCGACGAAUUAGCAACGGCACAAACAGGAMCAACUGGUGCAGAAGACAAGAGCAAAGACGAAAUAGUGGAAGGCGAGGGCGAAGCAAAGACCAAGAACGAUGUCCAGGACGAAGAUAAACCAAAAGACAGAGGCAGCGGAGGAGAAACAUUGGAGAAUCCCAAUCAGAACAGAAACGAAAAAGAGGGCGAACGGAAAGCGAAAGAAGGUGCAAAUCCACCGUCCGAGGGCGAGACGCCAAACACGGACCAGGAGGAACCAAAGGGCGAAGAAGGAGGCAAGAACUGCACGAAGGAGGAAGAAUCGGCAAGAACGAMACCCGCGAGAGCCGAAACAGAAACGCAGCCCCCUCCGAACGACGGCGACGCUGUGCCCUCUGGAAAACAAGCAGAAACCGCCCCGCACCCUAACUCUGAUGCAGAUAUGGAUCCAGAUGCGGAUGCAGCGGCUGCAUAUUAUCAACAGAUGCAGCAACAAUAUGGUUAUCACCCAAGCAUGCAUCCGCCACCACCCUACUAUGGUGGGUAUUACCCGCCCCCACCACCGCACCACCCUUCCGCUGCCUACCACCCUCACCACUCCCCAUAUGGGCACCCCCCUCCACCAUCACAAACCGAGAGUAGUGAGCAGCAGCAGCUUGACGGGGGCAGCAGUGAUACGCCGCCAAUAAUGAGCAGUUCGGAACCAGGAAACAUGCAUCACUACUACCCUCCUCCUCCUCACUAUGGAGGCUACCCCCCGCCUCCACAUCAAUAUGCUCCAUACGGGCCUCCAACAAGUCCGGUGAAGUCGCCUGGGAAUAGCAAUAGCGUUAGUGGUGGAGGCUACCCCAUGCAGCAGCACAGCAACCCGCACCUUCUGCCCCCGCAUCCUGGUAUGUACGGUUCUGCCUUUUACCAYCCACCUCCGUCGCCUUCCACUGGGAGCUACGGGACCGGACUCCCACCGUCAUCCCCGGCCAAGCCGAGGACCGYCGAUACCGAGGGCGAUGGCAAGGACCCCAGCGGGCCAUCGGCGACCACCGGGGCGGCUUGCACGGAGCCUCCGUCACCCUCCAAGCCGUCAACGACGGCCGAAGCCAACGCUACCCGCAACCUCAAGGUAUACGUYAAGCCAAAGGGCAUAGGCGUUCCGCAGGAAGUUUUGGAUCGCAGGGCCCGGAAGAAUGCGAAUUCCCGGGCCCGGGCCGCGAAGCAUCGAGCUUUGGUGGCACAAAUCGAGACGAAACCGAGGGAGGAAUGGACCGAAGAGGAACACAAGAUCGUAGCCAAGAACUACGAGCGCCGRCAACACAAGAAUGGCCGGUCUCGGGAACGGGCCCUCGAAAAGAAGGCCGAGAUCGAACGCAUUCUGGGCAAACCCGAGCACGAGCGGACCAAGCUAGAGGUGCAGUUUUUGGAAAAUGCUCUGGGUGCUAAGGCCCGCAAGAACGAGGGGGAUCGAUUGAGGAGGCGCAAGCUCAAGGAGCUGGGACUGGCCACCAUGGGCGGCAGGAGUCACAAGGCGUUUCUGUCCAAGGCAUCGCAGCMACCGCCGCAGCACCACCCAGCGGCCGGGUAUCCACACCCUCCUCCACACUAYGGCUAUGCAGGGGGCUACCACCACUCCCCGCCGCCCCCKUAUGGCAUGAUGGCAGCUCCGCCCUCGCCCUACCACGGUUACGCGGGCGGACCGCCKCCACCGAUGUACCCGGGGAGUGAGGGGUACCCUCCGCCCCUGGACGGAAGCGGCGGCGAUCCAUACGCUCCGACACAUCCACCCCCGCCACCGGACCUGUCCAAUCUCGGCCACCACCAUCCGCCGCCGCACGGCGAAGUGGAUCCCCGUGCCCAGGGCGUUGCUCCUCCCGGGCCUCAGUCUUCUGCCGGGCCACCCGCCUGAAAGCCGAUGGGAAUGGAACCACCGGAGGGUUAAAAGGACUGGAGGAAAAGCACAAAUGACCUUACAUCACACAGGAACGCUUCUGUGUGUGCUUGCAUGCAUUUGAUGGGUGAAUCCCGAACAAAACGAAGAAUAUAACAAAAGAUAAGUAUACCAAAUGGGGGGGAGGAACGCUUUCGAGACAGCAAAGAAGACAAGAAGCAAACGUGAAAUAGGGACGAAUUUUAGUUGAUUGUUGAAUGACAAAGAAAAAUUUCACUGCUUGCGGCUACUUCCUUCAAAUGGUUGAUCUUGGGAAUGGGGAAGAAGAUCGUCCAAUCGGGAAUUCCAUGCAUUCGGAAGUCGUUUGGGAAAAUUUGUCGGUCAACAACSGAGUGAGUCAUCAACGACUGUUCAUGCAUGGACUUUUGGAAUUUCUGGGCGCUGGAAUCGGGAAAAUCACCACGUUCGUAGAAUCGGAUGACUUGAGUUAUAUUACUACUGAAUUUCGUGGGAGAAGUUUGGUGUUUUUUAAUGUGAUUUAGAAGUACUUCGGGCUUUGUGUUUUCGAAAUYAUAGUACACAACGUACUUGUAGUUUCAUAUUACAAUUAAUUAUUAUUUACUUGGGCAACUGGGUACUGUGGCAUGCUUCAUGUCGGUAGCACACUAUUAAAUAGUGAUUGGGAAGGAAACCGCAUCCAAACUAGAAUCCGUUCUGAUGUUUAUAAUGGUUUCUCAACUACUUCUUUCAUUCAUUUGAAAAUCCUCGUACAGUAGACAUAGACAUUGUAGACCAGCCGAUUGCUCAUAGAAUUCUCCAAGUAGAUCAAUAGAAUCGCUCCAAACCCAACGCACAGCAUUACACUUUUGUCUCUUCGUAUUGUUUCAAAUCGCAUGAAAGUAACCUUCGUGUUCGUUUCGUCAAACAAUGCUUUCWGCUGUCACGAUUGUCAUUCCACUGAAGAUGUGUUCCUCCACAUGCUGAUGAUCCGAAGCCUUMUKKUUGYUAUGUUCUUUGCAUUUCGGUUAGGCGUCACYCYCUGUYWKAGUUCAUUAUUCCCUUGCUGCCUCUCUGCCGAGCUCGGUGGACUGCGGAGGCAACCGCAACAGCCUCAACCGAAUGGGGCCCCUUACUGUUUCUUCCGACGGAUUCAAGAUAGGAGUUCCCUUUUGGGUGACUUCUAGAAAGCCACGUUCUGUUGCACGAGCACUGGUCGCGGUCCCGCUGGUUUUUUGUCGUUUGCUGCGUUGCUCCUCGUGGCCGUCGUGAUUGCCGCCGGCGUCGCCGUUUGCUUCCAUCUCCUGCUCGCGGGCCGUGGGGGUUGGGGUAGAAGCAGCGAGGCGAUAUGCCACCGAUCGGGUUUUGGUCAUCAAUUCUUUCUUUCGUUCGGUCGAUAACGAUUUCCAGUUCUUGUGAAUCUUGCGUGGAAUUUCGGAGGGUCAGCACGUCUUUUCGGUUCCGCGACGAAUCAGCAAGUCGACCAUAGUAGUUUGAAUCAACCGACAUUCGUCGU